AUGAGUGACGAUGAAGAUUGGGAUGCCGAUUUCGAAAUUGAUUCAACAGAAUCACAGCAACAAAUGACAUCUUCUUUACAAAGAAAAUUAACAAUUGGAAAUUUAUCAAAGAAAAAAUCAAAAAUAGAUUUAAUGGAAGGUGUUAAUAAUAAUAAUAAUAAUAAUAGUAGUAAUAAUAAUAGUUUAUCAACAAAUAAUGAUAACAGAAUUACAAAUAGUAAAAGCAGCAGUUUUAAUAAAUUAAAUUUACAACCAGCAUUAAAAACAUCAACUUCAUCAACAUCGGCUGCAACAACAACAACAAGUAGCACGACCAAUAAAGCAAAUACAGCCACAACAUCAUCAAUUACAACACCAAAAAGAACAGGUUUAACAACUAGCAUACAAAAUUUUAGUGAAGAGGAUGAUGACGAUGAUGAUUGGGAUAGCCAUUUAGAAUCACCUUCAAAAAGUGUAUUACAGGCAAGAAAAGAAUCAGUAGCAGACGAGUGGGAUGCCGAUUUUGGGGACUCAAGUACUAGCGGUAUGGGUUCACCAAUAGCACCACAAAUGAAAAUUUUAGGUAUCAGAGCAGAUCCAACAAUUAAAACUGAAUGGGAUGAUGAUUUUGUUUUCAAUGAUAGUUCCGAAAGUGAAAAUAAAUCAAUUUUAACUCCAGCAAUAAAUAUUUUAUCAAGAGCCAAGUCUGGUGUAAAUAUACCUUCAGAUAAAGUUUCACAUACAGUUACAGAGUUAUUAUCAUUCAUAAAUUUUGGUACCGAUAUUGAAUCAAAUUUCCAAAUACCUCCAUCACCAGUAAAUAAUAUCCCAAAAUUAUUAACAGAUUUAGAAUUUAAAAAGAAAGUUGAUAAUCAAUUAUCAUUUAUUGAAUUACAAGAAUUAAAAGGUGAUAAUAAUAAAUUAGAGAUUUCAAAGAGUUAUUACGAGCUUGGUUUAAUUUAUCAACAACAACAACAAAAUAUAUUUGCAUUCAAUCAAUUUAGUACUGCUAAUAAGAUUUAUCAAGAUUAUAAGGAGGAUUUUAAUACACCAAUCGAUGAAAAUAAUGACGCCUAUGAAUUGGAGCUCUAUUAUAAUUUAGGUAUUUCAGCAAAGACAAUGGCCAAUAUUUUCAAUGCUACAGAAUAUCUAAAGAAAGCAUUAGAAGUUUCCAAUAAAGACAAAUCAAUACAAUCACCAAUUCAAUUGAAAAUACUAUUAGAGUUAGGUUUAGCAUAUCAAACUACUGAAACACCUGUAUAUUCAACCAAAUAUUUCGAACAAUUAUUACGUCUUGUAUUAUUUUCACACUGUGCACAACAUAAUCACAAUAAAGAAUGUUUAAAUACCGAAAAUCAAAAGAAGAUUAAGGAAUGGAGAUAUAUAGCCAUAGCAUGUUUUCAAAUGUCAAAAACUUUAAAACAAUUAAAUGAAUAUGAUUUAGCAUUGGGUUAUAUAAAACGUUCAAUAUUUUCUUUAUCAAAAUGUAAUACUACUACCACCAAUAAUAAUAUUAAUAAUAAUAAUAACAAUAAUAAUAAACAAAUCAUUUUAAAUAUAAUAAAUCAACAAUUAAUUAAUUCAAUUAAAUUACAAGAAACUGAAUCAAUAUCACUAUUAAAUGAAUUAAAGAAAUUACAACAGCAACAACAUCAACAACAACAGGAAGCAGAUAACACUACAGCUAUCGAUUUUGAUUCAUCCGAUAACUCUGAUGAAGACGAAGAAGAUUGGGAUGCCGAACUAGGUUUGGACGAAGAGGAAGAUAGAAGACCAGUUUUACAAUUGGCAGGUCAAAGCCCAGCUGUAGCUAAUAAUAAUGGUAAAGAUCGUAUGUCAAACCACUAUAAACUUUUAGAUACUAUUAAUAAUCAAAACUUUGAAAUUGUAAAAUAUCCAAAGCCAUCAUACCUUUAUUCUAUGGUCACUCCAGAUGGUCACCCAUUCCUUCACGAAGAAGCACUCUCUCAAUGGCUAUCUAGAAUUAUUAUUAAACAAUUACAAGGUGAAGACCGUGCUCUUAGGGUUGUACCACAACGUUCAUCUAUUGAAGAGUUAAGAAAUGACUACGCACAAGACCAAGUUAAAAAUAAAAAGAAUCCAAAAGUCUGGGCUCAUGCUGCUUUAGAGUUUUGUUACACUCUUCAUAUUUUUGGACAUGAUGAUCUAUGUUGGGACACAAUUAUGGAGUUUUUUACUGAUCUCCGUGAUUGUGUUGCUGCUGCUUCAUCGAGUAACUAUAGCAGACAAGGUCUAGGUGGAACAGUUUUACCACCAUCAAUGGCACCAUCCGAGAAACAAAGAAGACAAGAGUUAGAGGAUAAAGAAAGUACUUUUCACUAUGCACUUCAAAUGCUUUAUUUAGCAUCAAAGCUUUGGACUAUCGAUGAAGAUGCAUCAUAUAAACAUAUGUAUCAAGGUUUAAGAAAUCUUUCAACUACCAAUGCUCCCCAUGUCGAUAUCAUUGUCGCAGAAUGUUACUCUCACCAUUUACAUAAUAAAAAUAGAGCCAAUGAUAAUAGUGAUGAUGAAGAUAUUAGUACAGAUUCAAGCUCUAGCGAAAAUGAAGAACCAGAAUUUAGAGUUAGACCCAAUGAAUUCUCCUCUAUGGAAGAAGAGAAAACUAAUCCACUUGGACAAUUUAUUAGAGUAUAUCAAUAUUGCCAAUCAAUUUUAAAUAAUCCAAAUAGCGCCAUUAAUAAAAACAAUAAUAUAUCGUCACCAUCACCAUCACCAAUUAAAUCGACACCAUCAAAAAUUUCGGUAUCAGCAUCAUUAUCCACAAGUUCUUUACAUAACCUUUCACCAUCAAAUUCAAAUCAACAUAUUUAUAGAUCAGUUAAUUCAAAUAAAGAGUUUUUAGAAACAGGUGUAAAGAAUGCAGUUGUUAGAUCAUUAGUCGCAAUUCAUUUCCAUUUGAAUGGUAUUUCACCAUUGACCACUAAAAGAUUAACGGACGAAGUUUACAUUUCGGACAUUGAUGUACAAAAUGGUGGUAUCGAAUUAUUAGAUGCAAAUCAUCGUAUGAAACUUUUAGCCGAUAUAUAUCCAGAAAUUCCUCCAACAUUCCUUAAAGCUAAAGCAGCCUAUGCUUUAGGUCUAAAUGCUGUAGAUUUAAACGAUCUUGUUUUAGCAGAGAAGUUCCUUUUCGAAUGUCUUUAUAUUAUUGACAAUUGCCAUAAACCAGCCAUUGGCUUACCACUAGUAUUAUCAGAAUUAGCAGCAAAUGCUUCAAUUAGCUAUGCAAGUGUACUUUUAGACAACUUUAAAUAUCAAUAUGCUAUUAUCUCCUACGAUAAUGCUUUAUUAAAUUAUAAUAUUAGAAAAAAGAAAGAAUAUGGUUCACUCUUACGUAAAGUUGCAGCUUUAGCCAGAGAAAAUGAUGACAUACCAUCAGCUAUUUAUUAUUACAGACAAAUUUUAAAUAAUUAUUUAGAAGACGAUCCACAAAGUAAAACAAAUGAAAUUAUUUAUCUAUGUGAAACUAUUAGCACAUUGUAUUGGGAAAAAGGAAACUAUAAACAAGCCGAAGAAUAUUUAAAGGUAGUUUACUUUAUUCUAUCAAAACCAUCACAAUCUCCAUCAUCAUCUGAAGUUUCAAUCUCUUCAAGUCUCAACAAAGUUCCAGAUACACCAAGAUUUGAUAAUCCAAUUUUCUUCCAAUUCCAACUUAAAAUGGCUCAACUCUAUUUAGAAAGCUAUCAUUUCGAAAAGGGUCUUAGUCUUUUAGAGUUUAUGAAAAAGCAUCCAUUGCCACACGGAAAGUUAAAUUCUUUAAUAUUCAUGUUGGCCAAAGCUUAUACUAAAAAGGAAUGGUUUGAUGAAUGCACAAGUCUUUUAUCACAAUUGGAUAAUGAUGAUUCACCACAUUUCCCAUCAUCAUUAAAUUCAUCAACCUCAUCAAACUCAUCUGGUUCAUCAUUCACAAAUAGCAGUGGGGCAAAUAGAAAUCUUAAAAACUCUGGACCAUUCCGUAAUGGUGGAAGUAGUGGUAAUAAAACCGAACGUAAUCUAAAGUACUGGGAAUUAAAUUGUUUAAAUUAUUAUCACUCCAAUAAAUUCUCUGAGGCAUUGGUUUGUAUCGAAUGUGCCAUUGAAACAUGCCCAACCUCAUCAUUAAAUGCCAGAGGUCAUUAUUUCUAUAUUCGUGGUAAAGUUUUACAAAAACUAGUAUCAUUCUCAAAUGCCACUCUUGUCACUUUUCCAACCACUCUCCGUCCAACUGGUGAUGACUGGAAAGAGAUUGUCGACUCAUGCACAACUACCAAUUAUCAUUGUACUGGUGAUUUAAUUCAAGAAUGUGUCGCAAGUUAUAAGAGAGCCUACCACUACUUUAAAUCUAUUAGUGACGAUGUUAGAAUUCAAAAGACUGUUAGUCGUAUUGCUGAAACCUAUUUAGACCGUGUAUUUGGUCCAGUUGCACUUUUACACUAUCCAUUUGACGAUGUAGCACGUCUUCCACAUUUCCCACAAUCAAAGCUUAUCCAAAAAGAUAGCGAACAAGAACAACAAUUAUCAGAUUUGAAAAAGAGAAAGAUGAAGAAAGAUUCACUUCGUUCAUCAACCAAUUCAACCGAUUCAGCAUCAUCCAACCCAGCCACUCAAACAUUAAAAGAAUUUUAUAUCAGUUUUGAACUUAUUGAAAAUCCAGCUAUAUUGGCCAUGGAUAUCAAUAUCGAUACCUGCAAUAUUUUAUUAUUAUUUAGAAGUUAUAUGAACAUGGCCGAAUUAAAAUUCCUUCAAGGUGACCGUGAUCUUGCCAUUAGCUAUUGGAAUGAGUGCAGAAAUCUCUACUAUACCCUAUUCUUUGAUGGCCCAUCACUAAUUAUAAAAUCUGCACCACUCCAAUUCAUCAAAAAGAUUUACUCUAUUUGUAAACGUAUGCUCCGUUUCCUCUUUGCAUUUGAUCAAGAGCUCAUCAACAAGAAUUUAAUGUUGAUUGAUAGUUAUUUAAAUUUAGAAAUCGAUAUUCAACAAGCUAAACAACGUCCAAUUCAUUCUUCAAAACCAUUAGGUUACGAAUCAACACCACAAAUCGAUAAAAUUUAUGUACCAUAUGCUUAUAAAUCAUUAACAAUUGGUAGAAGCUUCAAAAAGAAUCGUAUGGAAGUAUCAUUCUCUGUAAACAAUAAAGUUGGUGGUAGCGGCGGCAACGGUACACCUGGCUCCAAAGGCUCCGCAAUGGCCGGUAGUCCAAAUGGUAAAGGUAAAGAUGAUCCACUCAAUUUGAAAGUUUUCAAUGAAAAGACUAGAGAUGAAGAAAAAAGUGUUUCAACCGGUGAUGAAGUUGGUGAAAAAAUUUGGGGAUCUUUCCAUUCAAUUAAAAAUGAAAUUAGAAAAUAUUCAAUUGGUAAAAUUACUCAAGAAGAAUUGGCCACUCGUGAUAAAGGUAUCAUUAAACAAAUUUUAAAAGUUAUGCAAUCAUAUAAAAACCAUAUCAGUAAUAGUUAUCUUGGUGGUAGUAAUAGUAGCAAUAGCCCUGCAGGUAGUCCACAACAACAAACGCAACAACAACAAACACAACAAUCAUUUAGCAAUAGUCCAUCAUCAGGUGGCUCUUCACCAUUACAACACCCAUUUAGUUCAAAUAAUCUAGCCAGUCUUUUUAGAGCCCAAACCAAAAACGCUCUUGAUAAUAGUAGAAAUAGAACACCAUCUAAUGCUGGUCCAGGAACAGUUAGAAAUAAUGCAUCAAAAUAUGAGGAAAUUUCAUUCAACUCCUCAACCAGUCGUAUAAAUGCUUCGCUUCAAAGAUUAGUAAUUUCUUUACAAAUUGAUAACUAUUUCAUUCAUUAUGUUCCAAGCUCAGGCAGAAAGAAAUUUAAUAGAAUUGGCGCAACUGAAGAGUUAACACCUUUAGCACCACCAUCAAAUAUUUUAUAUCUUGAAAUAUAUUUACUCUCAAAUGCUAAUGAAAAAGCUUCGUUUGUAGUUUCACCUUUAAUAACUUUAGAAAAGAUUUUAUUAUUCCUUUGUAAUCGUCCAUAUUGGGCUUCACCUGGUGCUUCACCAAACGAUCCACAUCUCGAUCCAUCAUCAACCAAAAAGAAAUCAUUCUUUGGUUCAUUUAGCAGAGCUAAUCAAAAUUCAUUCAAGUCAUCACCCAAAUUUAUUGAAAAAACACAAAAUUUCCAUACAGAAUUUAUUUCAUUUUUAACUACAACCAUUGGUCCACCAACAGGAAAUGAAGAUGAAUUAUCCCAUCAUGUUUCACCCACAUUUACCUCAACUGGUACUCCACCAUUAACAAGCUCAAAUCCACCAGACUCCCCACCACAAAAUAGAAGAGGUGCCAUACCAAACAUUCCAAGUGAUAAUUGCUCUGAUAAAUCUGAUUCUGAAAAAUCUGAUAAAUCAGAAAGAGAAUUUAAUAGAUCUGAUACUGCCUCAAAUAGCUCCAGUGUUUCAACUACAAGUACCACAACACAUGUCGUUAGUCAUCAACAUCAAUCAACACAUCCACAUUUACCAAGCCCAGCAUUAUUAAACCCAGAUAUUCAUGGCAGAAGUAUGAGUGUUGGUUCAAGCUCUGGUAGAAAAUUCUAUAGCUCACAACAAAUAUCGCUAGUAUCAAUGGCCAAAAGAAUGAUUCGUAGUGAAGAUCCAGCUUACUCUAAAGCUUAUAUUUCAAUCGAUCAACUCUCCUAUCAAAUUUGUAAAGUUUUCUCUCAUCGUGAAAUGCGUGAAUGUUCAGAACAAAAUCCACUCCAGCUUUAUCUCUUUGUAAAUUCUGGUGAAGAAAGAAAGAGUCUUUCAACAUUUGAUUCAGCUCAACAACAAAAAACCAAUGACCAAGCCAUCACAUUCACACCAGAAAUUCUUUCAUCAUUCAACUCUUUACUCUCUCUAGUAUCAACUGAUAAAAACCCAGCCGAAGAAGCCGAACGUAAAAAGAUUGUUAGUGAAAUUCAACACACUACAUUCUCUUCACUCUUUGAAAUUUUACCAGCAGAAAAAGAAAAACUUAAGAGUCAACUAUCAUCCACCCAAGCCUCACAACAUACAAAGAAAUCAAGUACAUCAGCAAUGGUGAAAUCAGCAUUGCCUUUUGGUUUAUUCUCUUCAUCAUCCACCAAACUACAUUCGAACGAUACUGUCACCACCGUCAAUGUUUCAACAUCACCACUUUUAUUUAUUUGUUCAAAGAGUUUACAAAUUUUCCCAUGGGAAUUAAUCUUACCAGAAUUCACUGUUCGUUUCAAAUCAUUAUUUGAUAUAUUGAAGAGUAAUUAUAUUAGUAUCAGUAGCAAUGAAGAAUCUGAAAAUCAAUGUCCUGCCACCCCACUCUUUAUUAGUUGCUGCUAUUCUCAAAUGGAUAAAGCCCAAAAUACCGAUGCUAUUAAAAAAGAUUACUCCUUAAAAUCAACUCUCUACAGCCUCUACACUACACCAUUAAAACCAGCUGGUAAUAGAAUUGUACAUUCAAACCAUCCAUAUCAUUCAGCUCUCAUUAAAAUUGGUACAAAGCCCUCAAUUAUUAAAAAGAAAUAUAAAUAUCUCGAAUUCUUUGAUCUUUCAACUCCAAUUAAUAACCAUAUCACCAAAUUAAUUGAUGAAAUCAAUAAUAAUAACCAAUUUUACCCAAUUGUUGUAUUUACAUAUAAUGAUUUAGUCGAUCUAUCACAAAUUCCAAUUUUAUUAUUAAAGAUCAAACCAAUAAGCUAUGUAUUAUUUAUUCCAUUCGCUAAACAAAAAGAAAUUAUGAAUAGAUUCUUUAAACUUUAUGAUAACCAUCUCAAACAAACUUCUAAAGGUACUCCAACCACCACAAGAAAAGAAAGAUAUCAAUUCCUCGUUUCUGCUAUUCAAACAAUUAAAGAAGAAUUUUACACACCAAUAGUAUUUUAUAAUCCAACAUUUUUUGUAAAUAAUGAUGAUAAUUAA